CUGCGCUUUUCUAUCCCUUCUCACUCCCGGAGCUGCUGCGCCUGACGGGAAGCGACGACGGCUGCUGCUGCUGCUGCUGUUUAAUCUCUCAGCGAGGAAGAAAAGGAGGGCGAAAGGCGAGACGAACACGUAAAACCCUGUCUUCGCCAAAAUGAUCCACAGCCUGUUCCUAGUAAACGCCUCGGGGGACAUUUUCCUGGAGAAGCACUGGAAGAGCGUGGUCAGCCGCUCCGUGUGUGACUACUUCUUUGAGGCCCAGGAGCGAGCGACUGAGCCGGAGAACGUCCCGCCGGUGAUCCCCACGCCGCAUCACUACCUUAUCAGCGUGCUCAGGCACCGCAUCUACUUUGUCGCAGUCAUCCAGAGCGAGGUGCCGCCGCUGUUUGUCAUUGAGUUCCUGCACAGAGUCGUCGACACGUUCCAGGACUAUUUUGGAGUGUGUACAGAGGCUGCUAUUAAGGACAAUGUCGUAGUGGUCUAUGAACUACUGGAGGAGAUGCUGGACAACGGCUUUCCUCUGGCCACAGAGUCCAACAUCCUCAAAGAGCUCAUUAAGCCUCCCACCAUCCUCCGCACAAUGGUCAACACCAUCACAGGCAGCACCAACGUCGGCGAGCAGCUCCCUACAGGCCAGCUGUCAGUGGUGCCAUGGAGACGGACCGGAGUCAAGUACACCAACAAUGAAGCCUAUUUUGACGUGGUGGAGGAGAUCGAUGCUAUCAUCGAUAAGUCGGGCUCCACUAUCACAGCAGAAAUUCAGGGAGUUAUUGAUGCCUGUGUGAAACUGACGGGCAUGCCCGACCUCACUCUCUCAUUCAUGAAUCCUCGGCUGCUGGAUGACGUCAGCUUCCACCCGUGUGUUCGGUUCAAGCGCUGGGAAGCUGAGCGAAUCCUCUCCUUCAUCCCCCCUGAUGGAAACUUCCGGUUGCUCUCCUACCACGUCAGCUCUCAGAACCUGGUGGCGAUCCCGGUGUACGUCAAGCACAACAUCACCUUCCGGGAGGGAAGCUCCCAGGGGCGUUUUGACUUGACCCUGGGACCCAAACAGACCAUGGGCAAGGCCGUGGAGUCUGUCCUAGUCAGCAGCCAGCUCCCCCGGGGCGUCCUCAACGCCAACCUCAACCCCUCCCAGGGAACGUACACCUUUGACCCAGUCACAAAGUUGUUGUCGUGGGAUGUUGGUAAGAUCAACCCGCAGAAGCUUCCCAGUCUGAAAGGCACCAUGAGCCUGCAGGCGGGUGCCUCCAAACCUGACGAGAACCCCACCAUCAACAUCCAGUUCAAGAUCCAACAGAUGGCCAUCUCAGGGCUGAAGGUGAAUCGACUGGACAUGUACGGUGAGAAGUACAAACCUUUCAAAGGCAUCAAGUACAUGACGAAGGCUGGCAAGUUCCAGGUGCGGACAUAAAGACUGCUGCUCUGUGACCACAGGACCAAACCACCACGAGACUGAGGGGGGGGGGAUGGGGAGUUGGUACAUUCCCUGUGUAUAUGCAUUUCAGGAUUUCUCACAGAUAUCAGAGGCUCCUUGUAGCAGUAAAGAAAGGACCAUUGCACAUAGAAACGUCCAGUAAUGUCCAGAAAACUGGUCUGAGCUUUGAUGGAGUGUGGAGAGUUUCCACAUCUCCGUCCAAGCUGAACGCGGGCCAAACCCAAGCAAUCCCAAGAUAGAUUUCUCCUGAGAUAUAAAAUAAAAUGUGUGUACUGGCAACAGCAUUUUUCACCCAUCAUUUCAAUCAAAACCAAUCUCAAGACGUGACAAGUACGGGCCAGUUUGUGUCACUCCAGGCUCCGUCACGUUCAGACAUAAAUUUCCAUCUCUAACAAACAGGCUGCAGUCUGCUGCUGUACGGUUUCAGCUGCAGGUAUUCGGUUUGAAAGUGAUCUGUUUGUCUGGAUAGAUGUGUGCUGGUGACUGUUUGGCACGAGCUAUUGGAUAUCGGACUAAUAGUAUAUCAGAGUAGAUCUUCCCCCAUAAUACAUUGUGGCAGCAUGAGCUGUAUAGUGUGACAGGAAAUCAGCAUUUUUGAACAGUGUUGUCUUGCAGCACAGUAGUACACCAAACUGAGUCAAGGGACUACUGGGGGGUGAUCGGGUGGAUGUGCUGUAACGGCUAUAAAUCAGUGGGACAGAUAAGCAUCUAUUCUAAAAACAAACCUAAAAGUAAAAAUGAGCAGCAUCUUAAAGGAUCCCACAUUUACAGAUUCUUUUCUCUAUACCUGUAUUUCUCUUCCUCUGUCCAGUUUUUCUGCUUCCUUUUCCAGAGUUUAUCUCUUUGCUUUUCUGUUCGUUCCGUUCUUGCGCUCCUCUUUGCGAAAAUGUGAUGAUUUGUUCUGCAGCGCUGGAGUCAGCACACUGAAGCCGUCCUCUGUCAUGCACUUUCACAUCUGCUGGUACUAACGUUUCCUUUGUGAUGCAUGUGAGAUGGAUGCUGAGUGACCGAAGCUGUUUUAUUACCACAAAGGUUUCUGGGAGAAUUUCAGGUACAUGGCUCACCUGUUGUUGUCAACUUGAAUUAUUAUUUAUGAAACAAAACAAAGGAUCUGUGUGCUAAUGUCAUGUCGUGUGUAAAAUGAUUCCCAUUUCUGCAUACUGGCAUUAAAUUCUUAAACGUGUUAACUCUACAGCUGCUUGUUAUUUAACCCGAUUAUGACCAAACAGUAAUUUCCUCCUCCCUUUUUUUUGUUCUCAACAUAUAGAAAAAGAUUUUUGCUCCUGUCAGUUUGGUGCUGAACGCUGUGAUCCAAAUUGUCACUGCAGAAACAGUAUAAUUAUCUAUUUAAAAACUCAAAUUAAAAAGAACAUAUUCAGUUAUGUGUUCCGGUGUAAUGGCCAACUACCUCCUGAAGGAACGGUGACGGUUUGCAUUUUGUGUGUGUUUGUUAAACAGCCUCCAAUGGAGUGUUAUAACGGUGUAAAAAUAAAGAUGUGAUGUGUUAUAA